GGACAAGGCGAUUUUCCCGGGCAGGCCACUUCCUUGUUCUCCCACGACGACAGGCCAUUACAUGGGGCCGAGAUGGUCAACAACAUCUUUCGAGGGCGGUCGGCCAAGAAGAUAAAAUGUCCGGCAGCCCCAAGACUUUGUGGGGGUCUGAUUCUCGGCAUCCUUCACUUCGCUCCUGACUUCUACGCAAGAACAACUUCCACUCAUUCAAACGUCUCUCGUUAAUCCAUCAUCCAUCAUGCACUACUCAGGACUCCUCCAGACGGCCGCCGCCGCGGCCAUGGUCGCCGUUGCCCGCGCCGACAACUGGGGCGGUUCAGUCUCCCUCGGCCCAACCACCUCGACCAUCGUCAAGGCUGUUACGACGCUCAUUCCCGGUGUGGCUCCUUCAACCCAGAGCGGCGUACUGUUCCUCUGGCCCGGCAUGUCCAACGGCACUGGCGACCUUGUGCAAGCGACCCUUGAGUCGUGGUCCGAUAACUCGUGGUGUGGUGCUGCCAAGGGCCAGUGGUGUGUUCGUGCCUCCCUCUUCGGCUCCUUUGGCCAGCUCGACGGCGACGCCAGCCCUGUGUCUGGCGACCAAAAGGUCAAGAUCGUCUACGAGCUGCUCUCGGAUAACGACACCUGGCGCCAGACCGUCACCGACGCCGACACUGGCAAGCAGCUCAGCACAUUUGAACACAAGUCCGGCCCCUUCAUGAGGGGCUACGGCACCGGCACCGAGUGCAACGCGGGCUGCAGCCCCACUGUUGCCGAGCAGCGGUACAUCGAUACUGAGAUCACCCUCGCCGGAUCUGACCCCAACUUUGGAAAGACCAUUUCCACCGCGCAGAAGGCCACCUACUCGGGUCUCUCGAACAGCCAGAACGGCAAAGUCUGGACUAUCAAGGAGAUUGUUGUGCCCAAGAUGGUUUAG